GGUGCCCGGGGCGAGGAGCGGGGAGCAGCCAUGUCCCCCCCCGCCCAGCCGGGGGUGCCGGGCGGGCGCGGCUCUAAGGGGCCCCCGGCGCGGAAGCUCCUCUGCAUGUGCAGCCUCUCCCUGUGCCUCACCUACCUGUGCUACAGCCUGAUGGGGGGCACCGGCCCGGCCGCCCUGCGCUCCCCGGCCGCGCUCCCCGGCUCGGCGGCCCCCGGGGCCCCGCGCUCCCCCACCGCUCUCCCCGUCACGGUGGCCCCGCGCUCCCCCGCCAGCCCUCCGGGCAGCCCCGGCGCCCCGGCCCCCUCCGCCGCUCCGCCGCGGGCCUCCAACGGCAGCCGGGAAGGGGCGGAGGGCACCUGGCUGCGGACGCGGCUGGCCCCCGGGGAGGUGAUCACGGCGCAGAGCGGAGCCUUCGAGAGGGACCCGCAGGAGUCGAGCACCACGGACGAGGAGCUGAGCCGGGCCGGCAGCCCGGGCAGCCGCGGCGGCGGCGGCAGCAGCACCACGCCGGACUACGGGGAGAAGCGGCUGCCGCAAGCCCUCAUCAUCGGGGUGAAGAAGGGGGGGACGCGGGCGCUGCUGGAGGCCAUCCGGGCGCACCCCGACGUGCGGGCCGUGGGCACCGAGCCCCACUUUUUCGACAGGAACUACGAGAAGGGGCUGGAGUGGUACAGGAACGUGAUGCCCAAGACGCUGGAGGGACAGAUCACCAUGGAGAAGACCCCCAGCUACUUCGUGACCAACGAGGCCCCGCGGCGCAUCCACUCCAUGGCCAAGGACACGAAGCUGAUCGUGGUGGUGCGCAACCCCGUCACCCGCGCCAUCUCGGACUACACACAGACCCUCUCCAAAAAGCCAGAGAUCCCCACCUUCGAGGUGCUGGCCUUCAAGAACCGGACUCUGGGGCUGAUUGAUGCCUCCUGGAGUGCUAUCCGCAUUGGGAUUUAUGCCCUGCACUUGGAAAACUGGCUCCAGUACUUCCCCCUCUCCCAGAUCCUGUUUGUCAGUGGUGAGAGGCUCAUUACUGACCCAGCUGGAGAAAUGGCCAAAGUCCAGGACUUCUUAGGCCUCAAGAGGAUUGUGACAGAGAAGCAUUUUUAUUUUAAUAAAACGAAGGGGUUUCCCUGCCUAAAGAAGCCAGAGGAUAGCAGUGCUCCCCGGUGUUUGGGCAAGUCCAAGGGUCGAACUCACCCCAAAAUAGACCCAGACGUCAUCCACAGACUGCGGAAGUUUUACAAACCCUUCAAUGUCAUGUUUUACCAAAUGACAGGCCAAGAUUUUCAGUGGGAGCAGGAAGAAAGUGAUAAGUAGAACCACAAAAUCAGGAAAAAAAAAAUUUUUUGUUUUUGGGAUGUGAAUCAUCAUUUGAGACCCAAAACUCUCUGGGGGCCUGAGGCUCAGCCCUGUGUGUAACAGGCUCUUGUGUUGUCAGGGCUGCAGCAGAAGUCGCCCCACAUGUGCAGUUCUGGAACUGUAGUGGCCUGUCACCUCGGGCUGCACUCGGGCUCUCCCAGUGCUGCGCUGGGGGCCAGGGCAGGUGGGAGGAGGAGGGGGCAGGGGGAGCACGGCUCCUCAGGGUGAUGGGGCACUUUGUGUCGACAUUUCGCUGCUGGUGUCUCCCUUGCAGCCAGGCAGGCAGGUCCAGACCUCCUGCCACGGCAAGCUGGGCGAGAGGGUGGCUCCCAAAACCCAGCACUGGGACAAACCCAUCGAUUUGAUUUCUCCUGCCCUGCACUUUAGUUUUGCCCAAACAGCAGCAUCAGAUCUGGUCAAUUCAGGCCUUGUGCACUCACAUGCACACUGGUCUUUGUGUGUGGAAGGAAUAAAGCCAGUUAUGCUGCAAAGGAACUAUGUACAGGAACUUCAUUUGCACCAAACGUUUCAAUUACUACUUGCACUAAAACUAGAAUUUACCAAGUGCCACAGACACCUGGUCUCAGUUCUCCUCUGACUGAUGGGUGCAAUUCCACUGCUGGAAGAGAGUUGUUCCUUCCUUGCUGAGAUGCUCAGUGAGAUCAGAACUGGGGUCCCCACAGGUCUCCACCCUCCUGGAAGCUGAAAGCACACUCCAGGCUCCCCAGGAGUGAGCCAGGCUCCCACCGCCAGCCCGGCUGCCAAGGCACAGUGUGGUGCCACAUGUGUCCACACAGCACCUCGUGGCCAGGCUGUGCCAUGCCCUGCUCCAUGGUUUGGAGCCAGUAUUGCAGUGGGGACCGAGGGGGUGGCUGCAGGUGGAGGCCUGGCACAGCCCUGGCACGGGGUCUGACAGUCAGGACCCCGGGCACUGCCACUCGUUUGCACCUUGGAAAUGCAAUCCCUGCUGCUUGCUGUGGACAGCUGGGGUCGCAGAACAGGGAAGCAGCCUUCAUCUUACUUCAGAAGUACAAAAGAGCAAUUAAUUCCCAGGGCAAGCACUGCUCAGCGCACAAAACCUGUGCUUUCUAGUGGAAAUUACCAACUUACCCAAAUUUGCAAAUCCUGGUAGAAACUAUUGAACAAACCUGUGUCCCCACUCGAUCCCUCAGUGUCAUGAGAGCUGUUUGCUGGGCCCAGCAGACAAGAGCAGAGCUUUCACACAAUUCCACCUCCACUGCUGCGGGAAACCAGGCAGAGGGGGAGCAAAGGUGAAAUGCAGAGCUGCUGAAACGGUCCCUCGCAUGGUGAUUUCUCAGGGCACUCAGAUAUGCUGGCAGCUCUCUUUGCUCUGAUGAGGGCUAAGACUACCUCCAGCUUGGGGUGUAGCCACACGAGAGCCCCCUCGCAUUGGGCAGGUCCCCAGCAGAGGUGCAGGAAGGGGUUGCUGCAGGAGGACCAGGACUCAGUUCUGGUUGAGGUGAAAGAGCUCCCUACAGCUCCAGCUAACCAGAUGAAAUCUGGUUGCAUUCCUUGGGUGACAAGCUGGCCCUGCUCAGGGUUUAAGGGCCUGUUGUGUGGCUCACUGCGCCAUGAAAUGAGCAGUGCCUUGGAUUGGAUGAGAAGAGCUGAAGCCAUUUGGACCAUUUACUACGUGGCCCAUGCUGGAGGGACACUGCGAGGUCCCUGCUGACAUCACGCCAGUUCCCAUCAGCCUGGUCAGAUUUAAAAACAGCUCCUGACAUAGCACAGUUUUCACAAACUCACAAACUUCCAAAUUACUACAGGAAAAUUGGAAGUAUAUAAUAAGAAUAAUCUUAUGGUGUUUCACAUGCUAUUAAAAUAUCAGAACAGGUCCUACAUGAAACCUGUUGUUGCAUAAUUUGGUGCAAGAUGCUGAGUGGAGGACAAGGGGCUCCAGGCCCAGUGUCCCCCUCAGCAGAGGGAUGUCUGGGAGUCUCUGCCUGUCCCUGGAGAGCUGCACCCGCAGCGUGGUGCAGGGCUGAGUGCUGGGACUGGCCCUGGCUGCCAGCUGGAGGGGCUCAGCUCGGGGGAUGGAGGCUCCUGGCUGGGCUGGGGACACGCUGCGCCCGUGGGCCCCUCCGCCUGCCCCCCACACUCACUCCCAUCAUUUCUGCCAUAUAUUCAGAGGUUUAUUUUUUAUACCAGAUGCCAUCUCCAGCUCGGCAGGAGCUGAUGGGUGCCCACUGGGAGAGGAGACCCUGCUCCUCUGCCCUGAGUGCCUGCUCCGUGGACACCAACCCCUCAGCAUGGUGGGACAGGAUGCUCCAGCCCCACAACCCUCUCCCCAGGUGCAGCUGUGGUGCCACCAGCACUGCAGUGCUGGGAGGGAGCAGGGGCAUGCCAGUCACCCUGGGCUGGGGGCAUGGGGACUGGGGUGGGCUGGGGGGUACUGCUAUUUUGUUUUGUUCUUUGGAAAUGCACCUCAUGUAUGCCCUACUGCAGCUGGGGUUGGAUGGGGGGAUUAUUUUCUAUCUGGCCAGAGAGAGGCCUGCCAAAUGAGAGUCAGGUUAAUAACACUUUUUUUAAAAAAAACUAUUCAAAUGUCAGCAUUAGAAUGCACAGGAAAUUGAAUUUUGUAUUUGGUUUCAAUUAGCAAAGCAUAAAUUAUAUUUAAUUUUCUACACAGACUGAGUGAUUCAUUGUUCUGGAAAAGCUGGUACUUUCUGGUUCAGAGACUGGAAAUGGAGAGUGGGUCUGUUCUGAAUUUUACUUGCUGUGCUGUCACUGCCUCCCCAGUGCGUCUCUGUCCGUCAGUGUCUCUGUACCUGAACGAUGUGACUGUCCUGAACUGAACCCUGGAACCCCCAGCACUAAACAAUAAAUCAUUGUAGCAGCUGCA